AUGUCUUUCUUACGCUCGCGUCCACCUGUGCAAUCUAACCGCGCCCAUCAACAACGGGCUCUCGGUGUCAGACCCUCACCUGGUGGCCCGGCCGUCAAGCGCGAGAUCCCUACGAAGAAACCCGCGGCUCAACCCCAGCCAGGAACCUACACCGACUAUAAGCUGGUCUCAACCUCGCACGACGUCCUUCACCAUGUCAUGCGAUUCCAUGGCAAUAAGGAGGUCAGCCCUGACAAGUUCACACAGCCGGUCAAAUUGCACCGCAAACGGAACGAGAACAGCGGCUACAACCGAUACAGCUACUAUAAUAGCAAGUACAACUACCAAAACAAGGACACAGCAGGUGCGGAUAAGAAGGAUGGGGUGGCCGGUGGAAAUGCGGCAGCUGGACCAGGUGGUGCAGCAGCACCGACAACGGGCGCGGAUACAUCACUGAUUGCUCCCUAUGGUGGAGGCGUGCGUAAUAAGCAGAUGUUGUUCAAGAAGCGUACGAGACAGAUCUAUAUCGCGAACGAAGAGGAGCGGAAGAAGAAGGAGAUUGAGGCGGCACCCUGGGUCGUUGAGGAUUACGAUAAUCAGAACAAUUGGACAGGUCAGUUGGAGGGCGGGCAACAUGCGAACUAUGUGCUGUUUUUGUUCUCGGACGACGGGUUCAAGGUCGUGCCUGCGGACAAGUGGUACAAGUUCACACCAAAGAUUCAGUAUGCCACCCUGACGGCAGAGGAGGCGGAAGAGCAGUACCAAAAAGCACAAAAGCAGAACAACAGCAGCAUCCGAUGGCUGAUGCGGUCCAAGAACAAAGCAAAGACAGAGGAUGGCGAAGAGGGCGCAGAAGAAGAAGUCGAAGGCGAGCACUUAGUCACGGUUGACCAUGAAGACGACGUUGGAUAUGACGAGGAUGAGGCCAGGGAGAGAAAGAAGAAGCGUGGAAAGCAUGGCGACGUGGACGAAAUGGACUUUGAUGAAGUCUGGCAGGACGACGAGGAGAUGCCCUCAGAGAUGCCUGGAUUCGAAGACGACGCAAAGGACGAUCCUCGAAGGAAGCAAGGACCAGCUAUGGACUCUGAUGAGGAUGAAGACGAAGAGGACGACAAGGGACGCUUGACAGAGACUGGAAAGGCUGUGAAGAAGGCGCUCUUGAAGCUCGAGAAAAAUAAGGUCUACGCCAGCGACGAUGAAAAAGAUCCCUAUGCCAGUGAUCAAGAUUCGUCUGAUUCUGAUCUGGAUGAGAUUGACAAGGAGAAGGAUACGAAGAAGGAAGAUGACGCACAAUUAUCACAGGAGACCGCGAAAUCAAAGGGCAAGGGCAAGGCCAGUGUCAAGGGCGCGCUCUUGAUCCCAAAGAAGGCCGGUGUCACCAAAUCUGCCACACCCAACAAACCCGUCGGCGUCAAGGCCUUGAAGGGCAAGGUCCCAUUGCCACCACCCAGGAAUGCCAGCGCCGGUGCAAAGCCCGCGGUUUCGUCAUCAUCACCUUCAUUAUCAACAGUGGCAGGCAAGGCUGUGAAGUCGUCCUUGGCGUCGUCGAGUGUACUCAGGGCUUCAUCUCCACCUGCACCUGUGGCGGGCGGUUCAAGUUCAUCAGGAACAAUGGAAAAGAAGCGGAAAAAGACGGCUGACUCUGCAGAGACCGUCGAUGAGGGGCCAAGUAGGAAACAGAGCCGAACAGCUGACGCGGCACCAUUCUCAGGCUCGAGUGCACAGGCGGACGCUUCAGCUGGUGGUGAUGAUUCGUUGCUGAUCACGGAAGCGGAGGUCAUUGCACUGCUAAAGAGUCGGCCCCAGGUGACGACCCGCGACUUAAUUGUCGACCUGAAGAGGAAGUUGCGGAAGGAACCCCGAAACAAGAAUAUCCUCGCUGCCAUCGUCAAGAAAGUCGCCAUCCCGCAGGACGGCAUCUUGGUUCUGAAGGAGGGCUUGUAA